AUGCAGCAAGGAAUCAAGAUACUGUGCAGUGGUACUCGUACUUUUAGUCGGAUAACUAUUCGCCCGGAAUCGAGACGAUUACUGAGUAUCGAAGCUCUAGAAAAAGUCAAAUUGGCAAAACGCGUACUAAACAGAAAUAACAAGAAAUCUUCUAUAAUUUUAAUAGAUGGUCUUAACGUUAUAAAGGAAGCUUUUAACGCGGGUUUGCAAUUACAUACCUUUUUUUAUUCUAAUGAUAACAUAUUCGAUGAGCACUUUUCUGAGUAUAUCUUUGACAUAUCUGAUGAGUGUCUCUGCAAGAUUCCUAAAUGGUAUUUAAAUUCCAUGACUUCCGUGCAAACGAAUCGUGGGGUAGCUGCUUUAUUUUUUAAGCCUAAAACAUCUUCUUUCGAUGAAAUAUCAAUGGCUAGUGAUAAAGAACUCUUACCGGUAACACUAAUCUGCGAUAACGUUAGAGAUCCUGGAAAUCUUGGCAAUAUCAUUCGAAGUGCUGCCGCCGCUAACUGCAGUUCAGUUAUUUUAACUCAUGGCUGUGCCGAUCCUUGGCAGCCAAAAGUUAUGAGAUCAGCCUCUGGCAGUCAAUUUCAGCUUCCUAUCUAUUACGACAUCACUUGGGGUCAAAUCAGUUGUUCUAAGGCAUUAAAAUCCAUGAACUUUUAUCUAGCUGAAUGUAUGCGAGACCAAUACCAAUACUUACAAAAUACUCGUUCCACUUCUCAUAUUUCAAAUGAAAAAAAAUUAGUUCCUUAUUACGACAUUGAUUGGACACACAAGUCAGGAGCUUUAUUGGCUAUUGGAAACGAAGCGCAUGGCUUUAAACUCAAUACUACCGCAUCUGUGACUGAAUGUUGUGAUAUUACACAACGUAUAACAAUUCCUCUCUGUCAUCGGAUUCAGAGCUUAAAUGUCGCUACUGCAGCAAGUAUAAUAUUGUUCGAAGCUUCUCGGCAGAUGGAUGCGAAAAGGCACUAUCUAAAAUCUUGUUAA